AUGGCUGGCUUAGACUUAGGCUUAGCUUCUCGCUUUGCUCAGCAGCUUCAACGACCCGACUUUCACCUCCAAUUCCCACCAGAUUCCGAUAAUCACCACCAUGAUAUCAAUUGCAAUAGUCACUUCAACGUCAAUCACGACGACGAUGACGACGACAACAACAACUCCGGACCCCACUUGGAUGGGGGCUUUGAUCUCAUCUCGGGUCAUCAUCAAAACUCCGGCGAUAUGGCCUCAUGUCGCCCCAGAGGUCGACCACCUGGAUCCAAGAACAAGCCAAAGCCGCCGAUGAUCAUCACACGGGAGAGCGCAAACACUCUCCAGGCCCACAUCUUGGAGGUCAGAAGCGGCUGCGACGUCUUUAACUCCGUCGCCACCUAUGUCCGGAAGCGACAGCGUGGGAUUUGUGUCCUCAGCGAAAGCGGCACUGUCACCAAUGUCACGCUUUGGCAGCCCGCCGCAACUGGAGCCGUGGUGACCCUCCACGGAAGGUUCGAGAUACUUUCCCUUUUGGGAUCGUUCUUGCCCCUGCCUGCACCACCGGGCACCACUAGCCUCACCGUAUUCUUGGCUAGUGGACAAGGUCAGUUGGUCAGUGGGAAUGUUGUUGAAGCCCUAAUUGCAGUUGGUCCAGUCAUUGUGGUAGCUUCCUCUUUCACGAACGUGGCUUAUGACUCAUUUUUUGUUACGUUUUACUCAUUUCAUGUUACACAAUAUAUCAUUUUAAUUACAUAG